AGCUGACUGCAUUGCUUUGCGCUGUUUGCUCGCUGGUCUACAGAUGCAUCUCAUUUCAUUUCAGUUUCGUUUGCAAGUUCGGCGUACCCAGCCUCACGGUCGUUUCAGCCCGAACGUAAACAAAUGAUCUGUUAUAUUCAUUAUCGAAACCGGGGUACAUAUCGUCCCUAUUUAUCUCUAUCGCUCAGUAUAACCUCAUUAUUCAUGCCUAUUUUGAGUUAGUUUUAAGUAAUAUUAACUGAAACGCGUGCUAAUUGCCUAAAAUGAAGCUCGGAAUUUUAACUUAUGCGCUGGUACACGUUUUAAUUCUGUGUUUACUGCGUAAUGGAAACGGGAGUGCAAGUGAAGUGAAAAGACCGGCGGUUUUAAUUGGGAUUUUAGUUCGGAAUAAAGCGCACACGCUGCCGUAUUUCCUAACGCUUCUAGAGCGUCUGGAUUAUCCGAAACAGCGGAUAUCUUUAUGGAUAAAAAGUGAUGAUAAUGUAGAUAAUUCAAUAGAAAUCUUAAAGAAGUGGCUGAGUAGUGUUAAAAAUAAAUAUCAUAAUGUAAAAGUUAGUUUCGAGAAGAACGGAAAAAAAUCAGUGAACCAAGAUCAGAAAGGGAUUGGUUAUUGGACUGAUGAAAGAUUUAAUCACAUUAUUCAGUUAAGAGAGGAGAUUUUAAACUACGGACGACAAAUCUGGGCUGAUUAUUUAUUGAUGUUAGACGCAGAUGCUUUCCUAACUAAUCCCAACACGCUCGACUCCCUGCUGUCCAAAAACCUCCCUGUGGUUGCCCCACUUUUGAAAUCAGACGGUUUAUAUUCAAACUUCUGGCACGGCAUGACCGAGGACUUUUAUUACGAGCGCACGGAGGACUACAAACCAGUAUUGAAUCGUGAACGAAUCGGAUGCUUCGACGUGCCGAUGAUCCAUUCCGCCGUGCUGAUACAUCUAAACAGUCUGGCCUCUGACCAUUUGACCUAUAUGCCGGAAAAAGUGGAAAAUUAUACAGGGCCUAGUGAUGACAUCAUCACAUUUGCGAUAUCCGCCCGGACGCACAACAUCCCUUUACAUGUUUGUAACGAUCAAGUGUACGGAUUCAUAAUGGUGCCGUUAGAGGCCGAUGAUACUCUGCAACACGAUCUAAUGCAGCUCACAAAUCUGAAACUUGAGGUCCUGGUCGAGAGCGACCCGUUGCCGGUGAACCUCGAUGUCUUUGGUGACUUUGUCAGGCUGCCUGUGAAGUCAAAGCUGGGUUUUGAUGAAAUCUAUAUGAUUAACUUGGCUAGGAGGACGGAAAGACGGGAAAGGAUGUUGCAUUGUUUUGAUGAACUAGGGUUGGAUGUUCAGAUUGUUGAUGCUGUUGAUGGAAGGAAUCUCAGCGAGGCGCUGCUUGAGUCUAUAACGUUUCUGCCGGAGUACGCGGAUCCUUAUCAUAAGAGGCCAAUGACGCAUGGUGAGAUCGGCUGCUUCAUGAGCCAUUACAUAAUCUGGCAGAGGAUCGUCGAGGAAGGUCAUCAGAUAGCGCUGGUUAUGGAAGACGAUGUGAGAUUCGAGUCGUUUUUUACCAUCAAGGUUCGUCAACUAAUGGAUGAAUUAAAGACUAUUCCUGAUUGGGACCUGGUCUAUUUCGGUCGGAAGCGACUGCAAGAGAGCGACGAGCCGUGGGUGGUGAACGCCAAAUACCUAGUUGAAGUGGGCUAUUCCUAUUGGACCCUAGGCUAUGCGUUGACGGCGCGCGGGGCGCGAAAACUACUCGCCGCUCAACCGCUCGACAAGCUACUGCCCGUCGACGAAUAUCUUCCGAUCCUCUUCGAUAAGCAUCCGCAACACGCGUGGAAAAUUCAUUACCCGCAGCGAGAUUUGCGCGCACUCUCCGCCGCACCGCUCCUGCUCUAUCCCACCCACUAUACCGGCGAACAGGGCUAUAUAAGCGACACCGAGGACUCUCAAAUCAUUCACAACGACACUGAUAAUCAGCCCAACCACGCUGAUGAAGAUUCUCUAACGAAAGAAACACGAAUGGAACUUUGAUGAUGUUCUAUUUUUGGCACAAUUUUCUCUGGAAUGGAAAAACUUGAACUUGUGUGCCAUUAAGUGCCUUUUCACUAACAUGAAUCGCUGGAAUGUAGACGCUAAUUAAUUAGUUAAUGAUUCGCUUCACAAGGAAUGUAAUUGCCAUAUAAUUUUAAGGUUGAAUGGCUUGGAAUGGAGAUAUAAGCAUCAAAAGAUAAUUUCUCAUUAUAUUAUAAUGGUAACGAUAGUAAAACUUUGUUUAAUUUAAUAGUAAGAGUAAUUCUGCGAAUACGUGCCAUUUAUUUCAUAUUUUUAUACGUUUCUAUUAUGUGUUCCAACUAUAUAAGAGGCAUUAACCAAAUAUGUACUUUUGUAACGUACAAUAAAAUUGUUUUUUACUUC